GGAGCGGGGGAAAUAUCCGGGAGGCAUCCUAAGCCACGGUCCCACCCGUUGUAACAGCUAUGAGCAAAGGAAGCAAGUGAUCCACAGGUUGGGGAGAGAGAGAGAGAGAGAGACCAGAAAGAAGAGGAGCAGAAAGCUCCCAUUUUUCACUCAGAAAGCCAAAGGCUAAAAGCAAGAAAAGCGAGCAAAUCACAGACGGAGAGAGAAAGGGGGAGAGAGAGAGAGAUGGGGAAGGAGGAGGAUGAGGAAGAGACCCUUCUGGGAUCAGAGCAGACGGAGGAGAUGAAGUAGAAAGAAGCUGCCAUUGUCUCAGUAUCUCUGCUUUUGGGUGUAUUCAGCUCAACCUCUCUGUAUUUGUUUAUUCUAAUUUUUUAACUAAUAAAGCUCUUUUGUACAGUGAGAGAGAGUGCGCGUGUGUGUGUGAGUAUUCUACUGUGGGGGAAAAAAGAAGGGGGAAGACAGAGGAAGGGCAGGGGCACUCUGAAGAAUGAAAUUCUGCUUCCUCUUCCUCUCCUUCUUCUUCAUCACUAGCUCAGCAUUGCAGCAACUCCCUGUUCCUGCUACUUCUCCUUCUCCUCCUCCCUCCUCAGCUCUGUUGCAGCUUUUACACCCAGCAUUGUUGAGCAAGACCCACAACAAUGGGGAAUUGUGGUACUAGAGAGGAAUCUGCUGUUGUGUCCAAUGCCCAUGCCCAAGUUCAACAGUUGCACAUGCUAUCUCCAUUGGGUGCCAAGAACGCAACAUCUGAGAAGAAGCACAACCGCUCAAUAUCAGAUCUGAGCGACUCAUCGACACCUCGGAGCUUCGAGGAUUUUAGAAAGAAUUCGAUUCUAUACACCCAUGUCAUUGCCUUUACACUCUAUGAGCUUGAGACCAUCACUAAGAGCUUCCGCUCCGAUUACAUCCUCGGAGAGGGCGGAUUCGGGACUGUGUACAAAGGGUACAUAGACGAGAAUGUGAGGGUUGGCCUAAAAUCUCUUCCUGUGGCAGUUAAAGUCCUCAACAAGGAAGGCCUUCAGGGCCACCGCGAAUGGCUUACAGAAGUCAACUUUCUCGGACAGCUCAGGCAUCCCAAUCUGGUGAAACUGAUUGGGUAUUGUUGCGAGGAGGAUCACAGGCUACUCGUUUACGAGUUUAUGUUCCGAGGAAGCCUCGAGAACCACCUAUUUCGAAAGGUGACUGUUCCUCUGUCUUGGUCCACGAGAAUGAUGAUUGCUCUGGGAGCAGCCAAGGGACUCGCUUUCCUCCAUAAUGCUGAGAGGCCCGUUAUUUAUCGGGACUUCAAAACCUCAAAUAUAUUGCUGGACUCCGAUUACACAGCAAAACUUUCAGAUUUCGGUCUUGCAAAAGCUGGACCUCAGGGUGAUGAGACCCACGUGUCAACUCGAGUGAUGGGUACUUAUGGUUACGCUGCCCCUGAAUAUGUAAUGACAGGCCAUUUGACUGCAAGGAGUGAUGUGUACAGUUUCGGAGUUGUACUUUUGGAGCUUUUAACAGGUCGGAAGUCUGUGGACAAGACCCGACCCAGCAAGGAACAGAACUUGGUGGAUUGGGCCCGACCCAAGCUCAACGACAAAAGGAAACUCCUUCAGAUAAUCGACCCGAGACUCGAGAAUCAGUACUCGGUACGGGCAGCUCAAAAGGCCUGCAGCUUGGCCUACUACUGCCUCAGCCAAAACCCAAAAGCAAGGCCCUUAAUGAGCGACGUGGUGGAGACCUUAGAGCCUCUACAGGGCGGGACAGAUGGUCCAAAUGAGGUCUCAUCUUCUUCGUCCGCUCUGAUGAUGACAGGUGGUGGGCCCUUCGCAAUGGGAGGGGUGCCCAAUUACAGGACACACCGGAGGUUAGCAAAUAAUGUGGGGCCUGGUGGGAUCUGCCGGUCCCCGAACCCGAACUGCUCCCCUGGCGGGCCUACAGUUCGUGUUAGAUAAGAGACACAGGAGUUAAAAUGUUUGUGUACAUUACUCUCCCUUUAGCGUGCUUCUUUCUUCCCUUAUAAAACCUUUCUUCCCCCUCCCCUGAUGUGAUGAAAGCUGCUCACUAAAAGGUAUGAGUUUGGUUUGAUUCUGAAUGUUCUUUUAGUCUCUCUCUCUUUCUGAAGUUCAAUCUUUACAAGCCUCUGUUGAUCUUCUCUCUGUUGCAGCACUGGUCUUGUAUUUAAUGUUCUUGUGCUGCUGGUGUUUUCAUUCCUUUCCUCAAACAGUGGAUGGAAUUUCUCAUGUCUAAUAUUUAUCGGCAUGACCAGAAACAUAUAGUUCUGUUGUGACUAUCAGGUCAGACAAGAUUCGGCAUUCAAA